UUAACAAAAAAAACACAGAACCGACGCCAAAACUCUUGCCACAAAUAGGUAUACUUGGCUUUGAGCGCUGUGCCCAACAUUUUGCAAAGUUGCCGCCAGUGGUGGUGGCGCUCGUCUUGUGAACAGAAAAGCCCCCUCCCCCCCAAGGAGAUUACCGACAGACAGACGCCCAAAAAAAGAGUUGAGUUAAGGAAAAGGUAUUGGAAAUGCGUGCUUUAGCGGCCAGCAGACAGACGUAAUGGACAACAUUGUGCAUAACUUUGCCAACAUCACAUUUCAGCCGAAAGAAGUCGGAUUGUCGGAGAAUCGCUCCGCGAGCAGUAGCAGCUUCUUGUGGAGCCUGAAGCCUAUGGCUACGGCCACGGCCACUGUCACUGCCAUGUCUGAUGUGGAGGAGAUGCAGGAUGGUUCCAAGGAAUCAGAGCCCAGCGAGAGCAGCGAUCAGUCCGAUGAGGUGGACUCGCAGCUCAGCCGCGGGGAGGACGAUGACAGCGACUGGCAGAGUGGUGGCAGCAGUCGCAAGGGCAGCAGCAGCUAUGUGUUGGGGGGACGAGCUGGUGUGGCUCGCCGCCGCAUGCCGGCACGCGUCUCAAAGGACAACUUCAAUCGGGUCUGCAGUGCCAUCAUGAAGCCCAUCAAGAAGAAUCGCCGCAAAGAGCUGACCACAAAUUCGCAGACGCUCAGGACCAUCGAGAAGAUCUACACGAACAAGCGCAUGAAGAAGUUUAUACCUACAAAUCUCGAGACAAUCUUUGAGGAGCCCAGCGACGAGAAUGCCGCCGAUGUGGAGGACGACAGCGAAGAGUGCUCGAUCAGCAGCCAAGUGAGAAUUGUAAAAUUUGGCAACCGUAAGAUGCGACGCGCCAUUUCCUUCAGUGACGGACUGAACAAGAACAAAAUCCUGCUGAAGAAGCGACGCCAGAAGGUGAAGAAAACCUUUGGCAAGCGCCUCGUCCUGAAGAAGAUCUCAAUGACAGAAUUUCACGAUCGUCUCAACAAGAGUUUCGACAGUGCAAUGCUCGAGGGGGAUGAAGGUGAUGCUGGAGGAGGAGGAGGAAACGCCGAAGCCAAGACUGCCAUGACGAUGGAUGAUAUGCAGCUGCCCGCACUGAGCAGCCAGUAUCACAUGCAGCAGCUGGGGCUACCGCAGCCACAACCACAGCCGGCGGCGUUCGAUUAGAGGAGAGACUGAAGCAUCAGUGCAUAAUACACGUUAUAUCAUUACUACACUCGGAUAGAUUGUGUCACUGUUUUACACUUUACACCCAUUGAAUCAUAAAUUACGCUACUGAUAGAUAUUACGAAUAGUGUCCAAAUGAAAAGUGACCGCAGGUGGGUUCCCAUUGGGACUGCAAUCUCGCCUGCGGUCACCUGUACUGAUACCAAUUAUUGAAGCUAGGAUUACCGAUCAACCAACGUGCACAUUACUUCAUUUCACGCCCCCUAGCUAUAUAGAAAGUCGUGGUAGGAACAACUCAAGCAACCCAUUAAAGUUAUCACAUUUGUAUGUAAAUAGCGAGUAAUCUAAACUUAAGUUUCAUCCAGCCAUAGAAUACGAUUCUGUGCGUAGUUCGUAAGUGCAGAAUAAAUGUUGUAAAGAAAAUGAAA